UCUCUUUCUCAGUGUGUGAGUACAGGAAAAUGGCUGAAGCCAGUAUUUCAGUAGAUCAGGACCAGUUCAAAUGUCCAGUCUGUCUGGAUCUCCUGAAGGAUCCAGUGACUCUCCCCUGUGGUCACAGUUUCUGUAAUGUGUGUAUUAAUGGCUGCUGGGAUCAGGAGGAUCAGCAGGGCAUCUACAGCUGUCCUCAGUGCAGAGACACUUUCACUACAAGGCCUGUUCUACGCAGAAACAACAUGCUGGCUGAAGUGGUGGAGAAACUGAAGAAGACUGAAGUCCAAGCUGCUUCUCCUGCUCACUGUUACACUGGACCUGGAGAUGUGGAGUGUGAUUUUUGCACUGGGAGAAAACAGAAAGCCAUCAAGUCCUGUCUGAUGUGUCUGGCUUCUUACUGUGAAAUUCAUCUUAAACCUCAUCUAGAAGUUCUUGCUUUGGAAAAACACACAUUAAUUGAAGCGUCAGCAAAACUACAAGAGAAGAUCUGCUCUCAACAUAACAAGCUGAUUGAGAUCUACUGUCGUACUGAUCAAACCUGCAUCUGUUAUUUGUGUACGAUGGAUAAUCACAACGGUCACGACACCGUCACAGCCACAGCAGAAAGAGCUGAGAAACUGAGUGAGGUAAAGGAGGAGCAGAUGAAAUCCCAGCAGAGAAUCCAGGAGAAGAAGAAGAAGGUGCAGGAGCUGAAACAGGCUGUGAACACUAUAAAGCUCAGUGCACAGACAGCAGUGGAGGACAGUGAGAGGAUCUUUACUGAGCUGAUCAGCUCCAUGGAGAAAAAGCGCUCGGAGGUGAUGGAGCUGAUCAGAGCUCAGGAGAAGGCUGAACUGAGUCGAGCUGAACGACUCCUGGAGCAACUGGAGCAGGAGAUUGCUGAUCUUCAGAGGAGAGUCACUGAGCUUGAGCAGCUUUCACACACACAUGAUCACAUCCAUUUCCUCCAGGUUUUAGCUUCUGGACGUCGGUCUCCCCAAGGGGACAGACCAACGUUUCACACAUCCAGCAUCACUGUCCAUCAACAUCUCUCAUUUGAUGGAGUGAGGAAUUCUCUCUCAGAUCUGAAGAAGAGACUUGAGGAAUUCUGUGAGGAGGAAUUCAACAAAAUCCCUCCACAUGGUAAGAGGAGCUGUUCCUGCUGGAGAAACACAAUCAUGGACAUCUUUACUGGCUCUGUGAAGUGUUAUUUCUUAGCAAUGCUCCUGCUUUCUUUUUGCAGACAGUUUACUCACCUGACACUUUUAACUAAAAUAAUGAUUUAAAAUGAAUAAACUGACUGUAUCACUUUAAACU